AUGUCUUCGAUGCAGGAGCGUGAGACAUUAUUUGCCAAGUGCUGCACAAAACGACAAAAUGAAGACUCAGUUUCAAAUCUACCGUCAUCGAAGCGCAUAAAAGCUGUAGGAGGCGUUGUGGUCCAUAUGACAAUCGACUCUGAUGCAGCGGCCAAUUUGGUUGACCUUCAGACGUGGUCUAACUUGCAAAGAAGUGGAGCAAAAGUCAAGUUUUCCCAGCAUGAUGAUCGUUCCUUUAAGGCGUAUGGAUCGGUCCGUCCAAUGAAAAUGAUUGGGAUGUUUACGGCCGAAAUCGAAGCGGGUGACAAUAAAACGGAGGCAAUAUUCUACAUAGCAGAGGACGCAAAGCAGAGUUUAGUGGGCGACGAAAAGGCGAAACAACUCAAAGUUUUAAAAAUUGGGCAUGACGUGGCAUCGGUUCAACAGCAACCCAGGGCGUUUCCAAAAAUUAAAGGGGUGUUGGUUGAAAUUCCGAUUGACCCUAAUGUGAAACCUGUACAACAGCCAUACCGGCGAUCACCAUUUGCGUUAGAGGAUAAGAUCGCUGAAAAACUUCAAUACUUGCUCAAUCAAGACAUAAUCGAACCUGUGGAAGAAUCUUCAGCCUGGGUAUCUCCCAUUGUACCCAUCCUCAAGGAUAACGGAGAAAUUCGUCUAUGUGUAGACAUGCGCAGAGCGAAUCAAGCCGUUAUCAGAGAAACCCAUCCGUUACCAAUCGUAGAAGAGAUGUUCGGAGGAAUUACGGGGGCGACCUGUUUUUCAAAACUUGACAUCAAGAAGGCCUAUCACCAGAUUGAAAUAUCGGAGCGGUCCAGAGGAAUAACAACGUUUAUAACAAAACAGGUAAAGAUUGGAAUGUCAGUGGAAGUGAAGAUGGCGAUUACCGGUAGUGGUAGCAAUGUUUGUUACGUUCGAGUAUUUGACUUGCCACCGGAGUUGCCUGAUAAUGAGCUGAAACAGUAUCUUCUGGAGUACGGGGAAGUGGAUCGUGUGAUGUACACAGAUUCCGUCAUCGCUAUCGGUAUCGAAUUGUAA